AUGCUUCGGUUUGUGGGCAGCCCCGUAACGGUCGUCAAGGUUGCCGCGAUUGGAGAACGGAUACGCAGUUCACGGCAGCUGGUUCUGACUGAGACGGAGGUUGACAGAGAGAGUCAGGCAGUCACAGGCCCACGGAUAAUUUCCCUUUCGUUGAAGGACCAUGGAAUGUCGGGUAAACUGUCGGGGUACAUCUGCUUGGUUACAGGCGCAUCACGUGGUCUCGGAAAGGCCAUAGCAGUCGCUCUUGGAGAGGCGGGCGCCACAGUUUAUAUCACUGGCAGAACCGUAGACUGCAGCUCUAACGGGUCGGAGCAUUACACGAGUGGAUUAAAGGAAACUGCACGUCUGAUUGAGGCUGCUGGUGGGAAAGCUAUAGCAGUGGCAGUCGAUCAUUCUGAUGAUAGCCAAGUCGCUGGACUUUUCGCUCGUAUUCGGCGUGAACAGUGUGGGCGUCUGGACGUAUUGGUUAACAAUGCCUUCAGUGCAUCGAGCUAUCUGGUCGCCGAAGCCAGUCUGGACACUGUGUACUGGGAACCAAUGACAACUUUGCGCAGCCCAAGUGAGGAGUGGGAUUUGAUUAAUCGCGUUGGAUUGCGGAAUGCGUACACGUGUUGCGUUCUGGCCACGAGAAUGAUGGUCGAGUGUCGAUCCAACAUGAAUGCUGGGAGUUGUCACACAUCGACGUUGGAGAACAACGUGAACGAAAAGGCAUGUUUGAAGAGCGUGAUGUCUAAUCCCCUACCAACUGGAGUCAUCGUUAACAUAUCCUCUUAUGGUGGAAUGGAGCGUAUUUUCAACGUGGCGUUCUGUGCUGGCAAAUCCGCCCUUGAUCGGAUGAGCAUGGAAAUGGCACGGGAUUUGAAGAAACGCGGCGUGGAUGUCGCCGUACUCAGUCUUCUACCGGGCCUGGUUAAGACUGAAACUCUUGUGGCUGCCUUGGAGUCGGGGCAAGUUCCACAGCUUCUGAGCACUGCUAUGAAUGCAGGGUUAGGAUUACCUCCAGAAGUUCCUGGACGCGUUGUUGCCAACCUGGUCGGCCAAUCACGUGCAGCGCUGAUUAACCAAUCCGGCCGAUGCCUGUUUGGCGAAGAGCUGGCACGACAGUUUGCAAUAAAACUUCCGAACCGACGAUACCCGCUCAGUCGUCGGGCCGUGAAGACUAUUCUACUUAUGGCUGGCUGGACCCGCUUAGCUUGUCUGGUUCCCUCCUUCGUCAAGAUCCCCAGGUGGGCGCUGUUGAUCUGGUGCUCCAACUUCCGCUAGACCCUUCACUGUCACAGGAGCGAAGAUUUCGCCAUUUCUGUGCUGCUAGUCUUUUGUUCUUUAUUUUCAGGGACCUCUUUGUACAGCGUUCUGUUUUGACGAUGAAUUAGCACUGCUCACAGAUUCCCACAGACUUGUCGUCAUAUUUCUCCUUACUUGCGAAUGUGAUUAUUUUUCUUCGUUGUUUAUUGCUAUUAUUUUUAUUCUUGUUAUUACUACUGCUAUUGUUCCGACAUGAGUACUAUUAUUGUUAUUAUCAUUACUACCAGUACUCUUUGCUAAUCUUUAAUUUCUACAUAUAGCGGCCACUUUUUCAUAUCCAACUUUAACUUCAAUGUACAUGCUCACGCGCAUUUAUCAUACACAACAGCAUACUUGAACAGCACCCAUUGCUCUGUGUUUUGAACCAUAACUGUCCGUUUAGUACAGGAAUCGUUCGCAAUGAUUUCGAUUUGCAGCACUUUGAAUAACUAUACUUGCUUGCUCUUCUUCACACCUGAUUUGAGUUCUUCCUCGAUGUCUUUGGUGAAUCUAGUGAAGAACGAAAGGAGCUGUUCUUGGA